GGGGCAGGCAACGCGACUGAGCCAGAGAGCGUCGCACAGCAUGGCGGACGGUGCGGGCCAGCAGCCCGACGAGCCGGCGGCGUCGCCCGCUCACGAGGCCGGCUCGCCGCUGCGGCCGGCGCGCGACGACGAAGAGCUGCUCGACGUGGUGAGCACGGCAUCGCUGGACGGCGCUGACUUCUCCGAGGACGAAGAGUACUUUCGGCCCAUCAAGCGGCUCUGCAUGCUGGAGGCGCCGGCGAACCCGUCGCCCAAGCCGCUCACCUCCUUCUUCAUCAAGGACAUCCUGAGCCACAAGCCUGCGCGCCGUGCGUCCGGCAUUGUGCGGCCCUGGGACCUCGAGUCGGCGAGCCCCGGCCGGCGACGGCCGCGCUCGACCGACGAGGACUCGCGCUCCGAGAGCGACUCUGCCGACAGCCCGGCGGCGCCGCAGCAGCACAGCUCCACGUCGCCGCUGGAUGCACUCUUCGAAAUGACGAGCAAGGCCUUCGAGGGGCUCGAGUCCGGAGACCGCACGGCCGAAUCCUCUCGGGAGAACGGCGGCUCCUUCAACGGCCGGCAGCCAGUAAAAAAGAAGCGGAAGUCGCGAACGGCGUUCACCAACCACCAGAUCUUCGAGCUGGAGAAAAGGUUCCUCUACCAGAAAUACCUGUCACCCGCCGAUAGGGACGAGAUCGCGCAGUCGCUGGGGCUCACAAACGCCCAAGUGAUCACAUGGUUCCAGAACCGGCGCGCGAAACUCAAACGGGACAUGGAAGAGCUCAAAAAGGACAUGGAUGCUGCCAAGAUCCACACCAUUCACAAGACCCUCCUGGAUAACAUACAAGAUCUCAGCAGUUUCAAGAAGGACAUCCACAAGGCUGCGAGCGGACCGUGAGCCCAGUGCCGCGGUCUUCUCGGAAAGUCCAAAAAAAGUUCUCACAAGAACUGUCGAUACCUUCUAUGGGUUCCAUGUGCAGAGACAGCCUUUCUACGGGUAACUCGUCGGACAGUGCGUUGGCGACGCCGCCGUCGCCAUUGCUUUGCCAUCUUGUGGUAUGGUCCGCUUCUUCUUCGCGGCGGGCCACAAGGUGCGCACAACACGUACACACACACACUCACACGCUAUAGCCACCACGCGAACCCGCGAACUGUGCGCUUGGUGUGUUCUCUGAAUGCCAUGUAUGCCUCCCCUCUUUCCUUCGCCACCAUCUACGCCAGAGGGAGCCACUCUCUCGCGCUCCUCGUAUACGUAAGAGACACUGGCCUGCGAAGUGGCCGAGUUCGUGCAGACAAAGUCCUGAGAGUAUUUAUUUACCAUGUAGUAGUUCCCUGUGAAGUACACCUUUCAUUACGAUUGUGCUGGCCGGCUACGAGCGAGCCUACCACAACGAGCUGUUAUUUUGCAGUUUUAAGUUUGAUUACGGAUGUAAGAAAAAGAAAUGGUCAUAUUGUUUCCUACGUACCUCAUGACCAUUUGAUGCAGCUUGGCAGCAUAUUACCUAUUAAAAAGCGAAACACUGAA